UCCCCUUCCCCCCCCAACACCAUUAGAAUACCUUACACACAACGGGAAGGUAGCCUUUUCCCAAGGCUCUUCCUUCCUUCUUCUUCCCUGUUCUCUCUUUCUCUCUCUUCUUCUUCUUCUCUCUCCAACCAUUUCCACAUAUUAUGAGGAAACUGUGCCCAAAUUUCGACCGUGAGGAUGGCCUCGAGACCGUUCUAGAGGUACCCAUCCCAGAAGAGAUGUUUACCUGCAUGAGCAUGGGCGGCAACAAUAACACCACCCCCACCACCACCAACAACAAUGCCCUCCGGUGGCAGAACAUGCGCACCUGGAUGAAAUCCCAAUGUGCAGAUAAGUUAGCCUCUGCCCCUGCCCUCUCCGGCCGCAACGCCGACCUUCAGUUUCUCCUCAAUGUUGUUGGUUCCCCUCUUAUCCCUCUCCAAGUUCAACAUGACUCCACCAUCAUUCAUCCCAUUAAAGAUUGUUCCAUUGAAGCUUCCACAGCCAAAUAUAUCGUUCAGCAAUACAUUGCGGCGACUGGAGGAUUAUCAGCAUUGAAUGCCGUCCACAGCAUGUAUGCCAUUGGACAGGUGAAGAUGACCUCUUCGGAAUUCCACCUGAGUGAAGGCGACGAGAGCGUUAAGGCUAGAGGCAAUGCUGAGAUUGGCGGCUUUGUUCUUUGGCAAAAGAACCCAGAUUUGUGGUACCUAGAGCUGGUGGUUUCCGGCUGCAAGGUUAGUGCCGGCAGCGACGGCAAGGUUGCUUGGAGGCAAUACGCCGCCCAACAAUCACACGCCUCUAAGGGUCCCCCAAGACCCUUGCGCCGCUUUGUACAGGGGUUGGACCCAAGAUCAACCGCGAACUUGUUUUCGGAUGCGGUAUGCAUAGGAGAGAAGAUCAUCAACAAGGAGGACUGCUUCAUAUUGAAACUAGAGGCAAGUGCAUCAACACUCAGGGCUAGAAACACAAACAAUUUUGAGAACAUCCACCACACAAUAUGGGGAUACUUCAGCCAAAGAACUGGGCUUCUCAUUAAGUUUGAAGACUCACAUUUACUAAGCAUGAAGAAGGGAAGAGGAGAUGAUAGUAUCUUUUGGGAGACAAGCAUGGAAUCAGUGAUUGAGGAUUACAGAUACAUUGAUGGCCUCAAUAUUGCUCACAGUGGAAGAACAGUUGUCACUCUUUUUAGAUAUGGAGAGGGUUCUACCAAUCAUAAGAGAAAGAUGGAGGAGACAUGGACAAUUGAAGAGGUUGAUUUUAAUAUCUGUGGACUUACCAUGGAUUCUUUUCUACCUCCUGCAGAUCUUAAGAGGGAAUAAUAAAGGUUGUGAGAAAGUCAUUUAAUUUAAAAUUGAAUGAAAGUGAGUGAAACCUUAGGAGCUUAAGAGAGAAAAAAAAAAAAAAAAAA